UUAUUUAUUGUUUGAAUCCGUCUUGGUUGAAUGCAACACUUCAAAUGAGCCAAUUUACAUACGCGGUAGAAGCGGUUUCAAGCCGCGCAUCGCUCUUCUCAUGUGACACGAGCGUUUCUGUUGAGGAGGGGGAGACAAGAAAAGACAUCAAACUACAGACCUCAACCCUUCAGUCAACUUCCCCGAACCAAGAUGUCUCCAGUCAGUGGUGUUCUGCACGCUUCCCUGACAUGCCUCAUUGUUUUCAAGCUCGCCAUGUGUCAGGAUGCUGAGCCUGUCACUCCGAUGAAUGACACCGACUACAGCUCCACCACCUUCGACUACAGCGACUUCUCAAUGGUGUGCGAGAAGGAAGAGAACCGGCAGUUCCGUCGCUGGUUCAUGCCCAUCUUCUACCCGCUCAUCUGCUUGGCGGGGCUCGCGGGAAACCUGCUGGUCGUCGUCACCUUUUACCGCUUCAGUCGCUUGAAGACCAUGACGGACGUUUACCUGCUGAACCUGGCGAUUGCAGACUGGCUCUUUGCCUUGACGCUGCCUUUCUGGGCUGCCAGCUUGAUCGCUGAAUGGGUGCUGGGUCUGUUCCUUUGCAAGGCCAUGCACACCGUGUAUAAAGUCACGUCCUACUGCAGCAUGUUCCUGCUGUCUUUCAUCAGCAUGGACCGCUACUUCGCCAUCUCCAAAGCCGUGUCAGCUCAUCGCCGCCGCUCGCAGGCCGUGUUCCUCAGCAAAGUGUCCUCAGCUGUCGCCUGGCUGAUGGCGAUGAUCUUCUCAAUACCAGAGAUGACCUACACCACCAUCAACAACCACACGUGCACACCGUUCUCAAGCAGCAGCGACCCGCUUCGUAUCGGCAUCCAAACCAGCCAGGUUGUCGUGGCGUUCAUGAUCCCGCUGUUGGUCAUGAUUGUUUGUUACAGCAGCAUCGUCCAAACCUUGUACCAGGCACGCAGCUUCGAGCGGAACAAGGCCAUCAAAGUAAUCCUCGCCGUGGUUGUUGUCUUUGUGGUCUGUCAGGUGCCCUAUAAUGUGGUCCUCUUCUGGUCCACGAUGGUGGUCGUGACAGACGACGUCAAAGAAUGCGGCAAAGAGAACAAGUUGCUGUAUGCCAGUGACGUCACCCAGUGCUUGGCCUUCCUCAGGUGCUGCCUGAACCCCUUCCUUUACGUGUUCAUCGGCGUCAAGUUUCGCCACGAUCUUCUCAAACUUCUGAAGGAAUUCGGGUGCCUGAGCCAAGAGAGGUUCUUCAAGUACACAUGCGGCAGGAAGUGGAGCGCAGGUGCCAACGAGACUGACACCACCACCACAUUUUCGCCGUAAACAAAUCAAAACCACUGAGGCACAACAUGCAUGAAUGCAUUGCUAAUGUCUGGUUUCUUUGAAUGUCACUGUAUAUAACACAAUUACGUCAGAAU